ACAUGGACGUGGACGACAUGCUGAUGGAAGCGGGGGGCUUCGGCCGCUACCAGUGGCUGCUGAUGGCGCUCUUCUCCGUCAUCAACGUGCUGUCAGCCUUCCACUACUUCGGCCAGACCUUCAUCAGUCUGGCGCCCGACCACUGGUGUGCGGACGACGGCAACUCUUCCUCAGAGGCUCUUGACUGCGCCGGGGGCUGGCAGUUCGACUACAACUCCACAUACGGCUUCCGCACCGUUGUCAGCGAGCUCGGCUGGGUGGGCGCGCAGUCGUGGAAGCCGGCCGCCGGACAGUCGCUCUUCUUCGUGGGCUCGGUGCUCGGCACGCUGUCCCUGGGACUGCUCGCGGACCGCGUGGGGCGCCUCCCUGUCCUCGUGCUCGCCAACCUGAUUGGCUUGCUGGGAGACGUGGCCACCGCCUUCUCCAACGACCUGGCGCAGUUCUCGGCCGCGCGGUUCGUCGCGGGAGCCGCCACCGACUCCAACUUCGUCAUGAUGUACAUCAUCGUGAUGGAGUACACGCCCGCGCGCUGGCGCACCGCGGGGCUGAACCUGUGCAUCGGCGUGUUCUACUGCUCGGGGUCGGCGCUGGUGCCGUGGCUGGCGGCGCUGUGCGGCGACUGGCGCGCCUUCCUGCUGGUUGCCGGGCUGCCCCAGGCGCUGGCGCCCGCCUGCUGGCCGCUGCUGGCCGAGAGCGCGCGCUGGCUGCUGGACCGGCGGCUGGUGGCGCGCGCCGCCGCCGGCUUCCGGCGCGUCGCGCGCUGCAAUGGCGCCGUCGUGCCGCCGCGCGUCUGGGACCGCUUCACGAAAAUCUGGACCAAUAAGCCUACAAGUGACAAGAAUCCCAAUUUCCUUGGGCUUUUCGCAACCCCUCGCCUAAGGCGGAAAAUGUGCAUCCUGAUCUUCAAAUCGGUGGUGCUGACGGUGAGCUACGACGCCAUCUCGCGGAACGUGUCCGGGCUGGGGCUCAGCCCCUUCGCGGUGUUCAGCGCCAGCUCGGCCACCAUCUUGCCGUCGUGCGCGCUCAUCCUGGCGCUGCAGGACCGCGCCGGCCGCAAGGCGCUGGCCAGUUCCUCGCUGCUGGCCACCGGGCUGUGCGUGGCGGCCGCCGGCGUGCUGCGCGCCAGCCUGCCGCCGGACGGCACCGGUCCGCUGGCGGCGCUGGUGCUGAGCGGGGUGGGCCGGUUCUGCGUGAACGUGGCCUACAACUCGGGGGCGCAGUACGCCGCGGAGCUGAUCCCCACCGCGGUGCGCGGCCAGGGCGUGGCGGCCGUCCACGUGGCCGGGUACGCGGCCAGCUUCUUCAGCCCCUACAUACUGUACACGGGGGAGUACUGGAAGCCGGCCCCGGAACUACUGCUGGGGGGCCUGUCCGUGAUAGGAGCGGCUCUGUGCCUGCUGCUGCCGGAGACCACGGGCAAGACCCUCCCGCACUCGCUGGCGGACGGGGAGGCCUUCGGGGAGGGUGAAGGGGUGUGGCAGUUUGCCUGCUGCAAGAGACGGCAGCCGCCCGCAGAUAACUCCUCACCACACUUGCGCGAGAGCGCUGCGUAGCGACGCUGCAGCUUCACUCCAUCAACUGCGAAGCAAUACUCCAGUGUUUGACGAAGCUGCAUUACAGCCUGCAUUUAGUUGAUUGUGUGUAUGAUGUAGAAGGUGGUAGUCUGCUCAAAAACUUUACGCAUCUACAGGAAUGCUCGAUCUUGUGAGAAGCCAGCAGGCUGGUCAAUACCACCCACAAAUGUGCAUCAUAUAAAUAUGACAACCUGAAGACUAAAACUUGCAGUAUUCGCUCCAAAGGUCUAUGUACACAGAUGGCAGCUUGCAGAUACUUCCAAAAGCUUUGCUUGUGAAUUUGAUGUUUUGGUAUGGCAACAUGAGCUUGGACAAUUAAGAGUGAUGUACACCAAACAGUUGAUUUGUUUUUCAGCUACUCCAAAACAACAUAACAUAGGCCUAAUUUUUUUAACAACACAGUAGGCCUACCUAUUCAGAUAAUUUUUAUGUUAUAUCACUUCAAGAAUUACAUCUGUUAUUGCCUUAGGUAAAAUGUGAUUUUUAAGUACACCCGCUCCGAAGUAAAGCUAUUCGAUUUUCGCGGUUUUAAAGUAAUGGUGCCAAUAAAGUACACCAUUAUUUUCAGAAGCGCUGUCAUAAAUUUAAAACCACGCUCUAUUUCAUCCACGUGAAUUUGUUAUUUCCAUGCAUGCAUGAAGGCAACAACACUCUUGAAAUGUUAACCACAAUGUAACGAAUUAAUAUGAAAAAUCAGUAAUUGAUAGUUUACCACUUCUUUAAUCGCUAUUCUCGUCAUUGCCUAGUUACUUUAGCCCAAUUACGAUAGAAGAGUGGUUUAUAUUAGUAAAAAUAUCUCCGAUCCUCGAGUGUUCAGCCAAUGUUUACAUUACGUCAUUCCGCAAGCCAGCAGCAAAUAUGGUGGAAAAGGCCAGAAGCAUUAGGGCUAGUUUACCUCCUGCUAUCCAGGAUGCACCAGUGGCAAGUCAUGCUUAUAAAUUCAUUGCAGACCUGCAUUUAGGAAAUAACAGUGUCUACAACUAUGUUCACAGGUAAAAUAAUUUUCUUGUUACUAAAAACCGAUAACUUUAUAAUGUUUUAAUCUUAUAAGAAUUGAAACAUACAUACAUUCUAUAUUAAUAACAUUACUUUUUGUACCUAAAAAAUAUUGUUAGGUCAUACUUAGUAAUGAAGGCCCAAGGCGUACGUAAUGAGGCUUUAAAUUGUUUUACAAUGUUAACUAAUUUCAGAAAGUUUAACCUAAAAAUUAAAUUCCAAAGUUUAUUUGAAUGUACUUAAAUGUAUUUAUACACACAAUUCAUACUGUAAAAUUAAUCUAAACGUGUGUAGUGUCUUGAUUAAACUGUUAGUAAAUAAAAACCCUUGCGUGGUUAUAAAACAAAUCAUUUUGAUUAACAUACACGAAAAAAAAUUAUUUUGAUUAGCUCUCUGUUUUCCAGGAAAAAUUAGGGUGUUACUUUAAGGGGUGGGUGUAAUUUUUUCCAUAAAUUUGUGGCAUCAAAAAACAUUAAUAAUAACACAAUGAUAUGGCAGAACCUACAGUAAUUUAUCGUACCCCACUAUUCUUGGCUAUGACAUGGAAAUCAUUAUUAGUCUGAGUGUAUGUGUAUCAAUGCAGAAAUAUUAUUUAAUUGUUUUAUUUAUAUCUGGUACAUAAAAUAAUGUAAAUACCAUCAAUCAUGUCAAAAUUUUUAAAUAUUUUCACAUUCAAGUUUAGCUGACUCCAAUCACAACUUAAGAGCUAAAAUUAGUGAAAGUUCGCUACAUAUGCCCAAAGGCAAAAUAAACAAAAAUCAUAUCACUAAAACUUAAAUUGUAUUCAAGAUUACAAAAAAAUGUAAUGUAUUUUAUUCUUAUAAUUUUAAUAAACUAAAUGGAAAGUACCUUUCUUCAGAUUUCACAAUACAACCAAAUAUUCAUUUAUUAUUUACAAAAAUUAUAACAAUAGAAUUUUCGCUAAGGAAAUUUUAUUUAUUUUCAAAAAUGCGAGGAGUAGAAAGAGAAGAGAAUUCAGACAUACAAGUAGAACAAAUGAGAACCUCAAACACUUCAAUUAACUUCAGAUGUACUUUAUAAAUAUUUUGGGGCCCUGUAAAGUACUCUUCACUGAGUUUCACUUGGAAAUUCUGCGUUUAUAAGCAGCAUUGCUCAUUACUUUCUUCAUUCUGAAAGCUAUGAAAGUCCCACCAUACAUUUUCAGAAGUAUAGUUAAAUAUUAUAAAGUAAUACUAAUAAAUUAUUUCUAUUCUUUAGCAAACACAAAUGUUUUACAGUUGAACUUAGUCUCUUUCAUAUUAUAAAACCCCAAAAAUAAUAUAUGUAACAAGGACCUAAAAAUAUUAUUUAUUAAAAGGGACAAGAUUUUAUGAUUUUAUUUCUAGGGCAAUUUUGUUUUGUAAACAGAAUAUUUCGGUACACCUAUCCCUCAAUUAGCACGACUAAUUUGUUCCUAAAAAUGCUCGUAUUAUACUAAAUUGCGUAUUCUGAAGCAUUAGUUUCCAUAAAUAGCAUGGAAUAACACUCAACUAUAAAUAUGUCACACCUUUUUAUGCCUCCCAUCGCACUUUGUAUGACAAAUAUGACACAGUGUAACGGUAGAUACGUGGUUAUAUACUUUAUCGAAAGUCGGCUGGCUGCCUUGCCCGCCCGGGCGUGAUCUUCAACAUACGUCGUGUACCUUUCCAAACCAUCCUUUACGGACGUGAAACCGAUAUUACUAUCCGAAUAAUAUUAUUUUAAUUUUUCAAAAAUUAAUGUGCUUAUUCGCGUAUCACCACCUGGUUCACACCAAUCCUGUCAGGCCAAUGAUUUUUUUUUUCAUUGCAGCAUUCCUUUAACAACCUUUACCAUGUGAAUCAUCUGUUCAUUUCUGUUCCGGUAUCUAAUGUCAAAUAUAUUCCCGCUAGUACAACCAACAGCAUCAGACUUAUAUAAACUUUUGGAAAGAUUCCUUAUUUCGUACAAUUAUGCGCACAGUUAACUUGCUUAAAACUAAAGUGCGACCAACAUAAGCAUGGCCGUCAUGACAAUCUGCGCACCGUAAUACUUCUAGUUCUGUCUCAAAUACUUGAACACGAUGCAUUGAGUGAUCAAGCAUGUACAGCUACCGGCAGUUCAAUGGGCAGACGUUGCUUUUGUUUGAGUGAAUUCCCUGCCACUUGCUAGACUGAGUUCACAGCCCGGUUUGUGGCCAGGCGACAACGGUACGGCACGGCGGCAUACGCGCAGACAUAAGAACAUUUGGUCCUUUUCACUCCAUAGCCGCAAUUUAACUUGCCAUAGCUGAUGUUUGUACAACAGCCGAUAGCGUAGGCCGACCUGCGCGCGCAUCUCUUCCCCCCUUGUUUGGCUAACUGU